UCGUGCGUCGGCCUCACUCGCUUCUGGCCCGCUUGUUUUGGGGUCCAAAAUCUCCGUUCGUGUUUGGAAGUCUGGAGCCGUAGGCUUUCUUUUGGAUUGCCUGAAAUCCCCAAGUAGCAGGAUGUCUGUGACAUUGCACACAGAUGUAGGUGAUAUUAAAAUAGAAGUCUUCUGUGAGCGGACACCCAAGUCAUGUGAAAAUUUCUUGGCUCUUUGUGCUAGUAAUUACUACAAUGGGUGUAUAUUUCACAGAAAUAUCAAGGGUUUCAUGGUACAAACAGGAGAUCCAACAGGUUCUGGAAAAGGAGGCAACAGUAUCUGGGGCAGGAAAUUUGAAGAUGAAUACAGUGAAUACCUUAAGCACAGCGUUCGAGGAGUUGUAUCCAUGGCUAAUAAUGGCCCAAAUACCAAUGGAUCACAGUUCUUUAUUACUUACGGCAAGCAGCCUCAUUUGGACAUGAAGUACACGGUGUUUGGAAAGGUAAUAGAUGGCCUAGAGACUUUGGAUGAACUAGAGAAGCUGCCAGUAAAUGAAAAGACUUUCCGGCCUCUUAAUGAUGUACACAUUAAAGAUAUUACCAUUCAUGCCAACCCAUUUGCUCCAUAACUAUAAUGUAUUGGACAAAAUUUUGUCAAGCUCAACACAGGAAACACCUCAUUCUUGUUCACUGCUUCAUUAUGCCACGGACUACAUCUUUCUACUUGUUUCCCAAUAAGGAGUUAAGACAGUUGGUUUUGCCUAAGGAGGGGGAGUAUGGGCCCUUCAAGCCAAUUCUGCAAAACUUGUCCACUGUGAAAUGAUGGAAGGAAAAAAAACUGAACUAGAACAGUAUGACACACCAUGACACUGUGCGUAUUACUUUUCUGUCUCUAGCAAAUAUUUAUGAGAAGAAUUCAUACAUGUAUUAAUGGCUUCCUUCAUGAAAGUAUGUAAAAGAAACAGUCUAGUUUUCGGAAGUGACAUACUACAGAAAACGAUAUCUUCACAACCAUAAUAAAGCGUGUUGUUGGAUUUGUUACUUUUUAAAAAAAAAAUUAAACAAAUGUACAUAACUUGGGAAAAGUUUU